AUGGAUCACACCAAGCAGAAGGCGCGGAAGUCGAACGGCGGCAAGGCGCCGCGGAAACAGCUGGCCGGGAAGGUAGCCCGCAAGAGCGCACCGGCCACCGGCGGUGUGAUGAAGCCGUACCGCUAUCGGCCCGGCUCGGUGGCGCUGCGCGAGAUUCGCCGCUACCAGAAAUCCAGCGACCUGCUGGUCCGCAAACUGCCAUUCCAGAGGCUGAUCCGAGAGGUCGCGCAGGGUUUCAAGACAGACCUGCGCUUUCAGAUGUCGGCCAUGAUGGCGCUCCAGGAGGCCUACGAGUCCUACUUGGUGGGGCUGUUUGCGGACGCCAAGCGUGUCACCGUCAUGCCCAAAGACAUGCAGCUGGCCCGCCGCCUCCGGACCCAGUGCAUGAGCGCCUUAAGAGCCAAUCAGAGCAUAGCCUGCCGUCGCGCCACCCGGCGGCCAACCAAUGGGAGCGCUGCGGGCUCUAUAAAAGCGAGAGCGCUGAGCCUCUCAGUGCCAGUCGGGAGCAGAGACAGCGGGAGCCUCUUCGUUGUCAUGGUUCGCACCAAGCCGACGGCGCGGAAGUCGACCGGCGGCAAGGCGCCGCGGAAGCAGCUGGCCGCGAAGGUAGCCCGCAAGAGCGUCCCGGCCACCGGCGGCGUGAUGAAGCCGUACCGCUUUCGGCCCGGCUCGGUGGCGCUGCGCGAGAUCCGCCGCUACCAGAAAUCCAGCGCCCUGCUGGUCCGCAAACUGCCGUUCCAGCGGUUGGUGCGAGAGGUCGCGCAGGAUUUCAAGCCAGACCUGCGCUUUCAGAUGUCGGCCAUGAUGGCGCUCCAAGAGGCCUGCGAGUCCUACUUGGUGGGGCUGUUUGAGGACACCAACCUGUGCGCCAUCCAUGGCAAGCGUGUCACCAUCAUGCUCAGAGACAUGCAGCUCGCGCUCCGUCUCCGCGGGACGUGGGUCUAG